UUGAAAUCUCGGAGGGAUGACAUGAUCCUUCCACCUGAUUUCCUCACGGUUGCGGUGUUAGUUCCAAUUGUAGUUGUAGAGUUACCGUUUUUUUUCGAUCUAUUCCUCGAGCUGAAUGGGUGGAAGCAUGAAAUCAGCAUGGAUGGACAUAAUUCGUAGCGAUCAAAAAUUGUUAGUAGGCAAACUUGGAGAGGAAGUGGUGUCUCAGUUAAGAGCUGGUUAAGUCACAACUUUCGGUACAUACAUCAUGGGAUAUUUAACAGUUCCUUGAAGUUCUCCAGGAGGGGGAGAGAGGGUGCACCAGUACAACUGAUGGUGUGCUCUUGAUCAAACUGUGAUUGUCACAAAGCUCGAGAUUCCGAGGGUGUAGUGGCGAUCACUCCUAUGCAACCCUUGAUACCGGAGUCUAAUAUUAAUAUACUUUACCUGCAUUUCGUAACUAGAUUCAUUCAUUCAAGUACCCACCAUUGACGAGAUGGUGUGGUAGAUCUGAGGGGAAAAAUGUGGGAGGUUAUGAGCAACAUGCACAUUGCUUCAUAUUUGCAAGAAUUGGGCAUGCUGUAGCAAAAUUUGCAGCUGGAAAUGGCAGGGCGUUGUAGAGAUUCUAGCUGCAGCGUUGCGGUGGAGACUACGCAAGCUUAGACACCACCAGUGCACUGAAUUACGCGAUCGAAUCAAGACCCAAAUUCUCCUCCCCACACAGGGUUAACAACCAACAUGGCAGUCAGAACGAGCAUCAGAUUAGAAGGAGAACACUGAACUCGAUGAGUUUGAUAUCUGCAAGUGGUGUUGACAACGGGCGAACAUGGAACUCCUUACCUCCAGAAUUACAAGAUUUGGUUCUUGCUCGUUUGGACCUAACCGAUCUGUACAAGGUCGUCCGAGUUUGCAAAAGCUUCCGGGAAGUAAUAUACCGAGAGAGCUUCAGGCAAGCGCGCGCUCGUCUACGCCCGGUAGAGUGCCCUCUCGGUCCCACACUGUUUUGUGUGGAGAAGAAUCGGUGGCAUUUGUGGGGGUUCGAUUGGAAGAAUCAUAGUUGGCUCAAGUUACCCCCGUUCACCGACUCGAUUCCAGCACCGGAUCCUAAACUUUUUAAGGACUUUCUGAUUGCGGGUCAUCAUGGCCUCAUCUGUGCAAAUAUGGGCAAGGCCUCUGAACCUGAGAAGCUGUAUAUCUUUAACCCUCUGACAGGAGAAGCGCAACAACUGCCUCCUUUGCACCAUCCGCGCCACCCAGUUGUCAUAUCACUGCAGGUAACCACGCCCGGCAGAGCAGAUUUUCGAGUGAUUGCAGUUGGGAGUGCGGCAGUUGGAACAGGGUACCUUUCUAGAAAAACAGAGGUGUACUGCUCAGUCAAAAGACGAUGGGAAGUUGCUGGGGAUGUACCGGGUGAGGAUUUCUCCAUAAACGAAUACCAGACUGGACUCUACUGCAAGACGCUAAAUUUGUUGCUAUGCACAGGAUUCAUGGUGGACAGAAGGAAAGGAAUUCUGGCUUUUGACGUGGGAACAAACGAGUGGCGAGCACAGUGGCAUUGUCCAUUUUUCAGGUUGCGUUGUGUGGACCGUGCUGUGACAAUUAACUUCGCCAUUGCCCAGCUUGAGGAGUGCAACGGCGUGAUCCACCUUUUCUCCGAGCAAGAGACUGGCGGUACUGUCACGCACUGCAUCGACAGGCUUGACUUGGGGAUCGAAGGAACAUACACAUGGACCAGGAGACUUACACUAUCGAGACGAGGAACCCGAGCUUUGUUAGUCUAUCCAGAAUUCACAUGUGUCCCAGUGGAAGAACACAAACUGUGCAUCUUCAACACAGUACAGUUAACUGGAGAUGUGUACGACAUGAGCAAGGAGACAGUUGAAACUUCUCACUUUGAAUCCUUGCCAACACCUCCUGCUUUACUAGAUAACAAGACCCUUUUUUAUAGUUUGAACCCUUUGAAUUAUUAUUUCCAGCCAAGUUUUGGGGUUGUUCUGUCAAAUCUCAAGUGAGAUGAAGACAUUGUAAAACAUUUAUUUGAUGUGAGGGUUGUUGAAAAUCAGCAUAUACAAAAAGAGCUUACAGGCAUAUUGAAGAUUUCAAUAAUAGAACUGUAACCAAAAACGAGUAAUUGUAGAAAAUAAAAGUUGUUAAGGAGUCUCUACACUUCAAGUGGCUUCUCUCUCAACAUCACAAGCAAUGUAUAUUCAUUUACAAUUCAAUAUAUGAACUAUUGAAAAGCAUCA